AUGCCGAAACCCGAGUCGAUUUUCCGGGACAUCAACAACCGCUUCACUGGAGUACAGGAGAAGUACAAGAGGCUAGAGAAUCUGUAUCACAAACGAAACGAGUACAACAUCAACGUCUCCAAAGAGAAGCUCGACAUAGACGAGGCACGUCCAUACAAGCCCAUCACCACCGAGUGGUUCAACGACUUCAAUUUCAUGAAGUACAAACUCGAGGCUGAGGACCCCGAGCUUAUCACCGGCCAGAACCUCGAGCUCUUGGGCAAGAACAUCUACCAAGCCGAGCAAAAGCUCAAGCGACUCGAGGCUGCAGUCAAGCUUCUCUUCAAAGACCAUCAACGUAAUGAGACGAUUCGAGAGCAUAUUGCGGUUAUUACGCGUUGGAACGAUGCGUGCGGCGCUGUCAGCCGUGGAGUGCCGAUUGGAGAGGCUUGUCGAGGCGAGUCGGAAACGUCGUGGUUGAGGAAGCGGGCUGCGCAUACGUCGGCAACGACCAAGGGGGAGCUACCAGACAGCAAGUCCUGCCCAACAGAGAAGAAGUCCGGCUCAAAAGCCCCAGACCCACCCGACGAUGACGAUGACGACGACGAAUGGUCGGAUUGCGAAGAAGACGAGAAAGACGAGGACAGGGAAGAUGAGGUGAAAGCCGCAUUUGCAGCACAAGCCGCAGACUGGAAGAAAGCAACUCAACACGGCGUAUGCUACGAGAUCCGCGUCAAGUUCGAGGUGCCCAUGUGGGACUGCGCACUCAUCCCUCCCUUCGUCUGGACCAUGAUCGGCUGGGGUCCAAUGCAGAAGCUUAUCGAGGUCAAGGAGAUCUAUACCAACUCUUUUACCAUUACCGCCAGUACUGCUAGCACCGCACUCCUCGACGACUACAUCGGCAGAUGGAAGGCGCUCGCUCCCCAUGAAGCCAACUACCCCUACCCUGUCCGUGGCAUGACAAAGGAAGUGAUCCGGCAGUUCGCACGCAUCACCCUCUCCCGAGCGACUCUAUCUCGUCUAUGGCCGGAUCAGAAGAUCAAGCUGAUGGUGAAGGCAUUCCUGGUGGGCGGUAAGGGGAUUGGCGCGACUUUCACCGAAGACCGAAGCAAGAUCGAGGUCAAGCUGGCUCGAAGCACGACGGAUGCACAGAUGAGCGCGUUCAAGAAGUAUCUCAAGCACAAGGAACUCCCGCGCUGGCAUUCGGACUGGAUCAAUAAGCGCACAGGCGAUGCAAACUCGGCUCAGCCAGAUGAGAGUAUUGGAGGUAGAGAGGAAGUGAAGCUGAUUAGGACGGCGAUUGAUGAGAUGGUGGAGAUGUGCGAGACGUGGAAGAAGGAGGUGCAUAGAUUUUGA